AAAGUUGACUAAAUAAAUGUACAUUAAAAACAAUACUUACAAGUAAGAAAAAUAAAAAAAUCUGACCGACCACUUUCAUAAUAAUAGCAAAUCCAUACUAGUUUUCAUUCACAAGUCACAACCGCAAUCUGCAACGGUCUAAAUCCCUUAUCCAAAAACCUCAUCCUAUUGCUCUUUCCCUCCACCUCUCAUUCCCUCCUUCUCCCUUCACCCCACACCACCAAACACCAAGAUUUCCACCAUUUUGAUAAGAAUCAAAAGUACCCUCAAACAAAACCCAAUCUUUAUCUCCCUCUUUCUCCUCCUCUUUGCUCCCCCAUAGGGGCCACGUCUUUACUUUGCAUUGGAUAGCAAAAAGAAGAACAUGUCUUGCUCGAAUUUGACAAUGUUGGUGUCCUCAAAACCAUCUCUUUCUGACUCCUCUGCGCUUUCUUUCCGCUCUGCUGUCAGCCCUUUUCAGCUUCCUAACCAUAACUCAUCAGGCACUUCAAACCCCUCAAGAUCAUCAUCAGCCGCCACGGUUCGAUGCGGUCUCCGUGAUCUGCGUGAUCGAAUUGAUUCUGUCAAGAACACACAGAAGAUUACUGAGGCUAUGAAGCUUGUGGCUGCCGCUAAAGUCAGAAGAGCUCAAGAAGCGGUUGUGGGUGCUAGGCCUUUCUCCGAGACUUUGGUUGAGGUCCUUUACAACAUCAAUGAGCAGCUUCAAACAGAUGACAUUGACGUUCCCCUCACGAAAGUAAGACCUGUCAAGAAAGUGGCUUUGGUGGUUGUCACCGGUGACCGUGGUCUUUGUGGCGGUUUUAACAACUACAUCCUCAAAAAAGCUGAGGCCAGGAUUAAAGAUUUGAAAGCUCUUGGCCUUGAUUACGUUGUUAUCAGUGUUGGCAAAAAGGGUAAUUCUUAUUUCCUCCGCAGGCCUUACAUUCCUGUAGAUAAGUUUCUUGAAGGAAGCAACCUGCCCACUGCUAAAGAUGCUCAGGCCAUUGCUGAUGAUGUCUUCUCGCUUUUCGUGAGUGAAGAGGUCGACAAAGUUGAGCUUCUGUACACAAAGUUUGUGUCUUUAGUGAAAUCUGAGCCAAUUAUUCACACCCUGCUUCCAUUGUCACCGAAGGGAGAAAUUUGUGACAUCAACGGGAACUGUGUCGACGCAGCUGAAGACGAGUUCUUUAGGUUGACAACAAAGGAAGGGAAAUUGACAGUGGAAAGAGAUAUCAUGAGGACCAAGACAGCUGAGUUUUCAGCAAUCUUGCAAUUCGAGCAGGACCCUGUUCAGAUUCUUGAUGCCUUGCUGCCGCUUUACUUGAACAGUCAAAUCUUGAGGGCAUUGCAGGAGUCAUUAGCCAGUGAGCUGGCUUCUAGGAUGAGUGCCAUGAGCAGUGCAACAGAUAAUGCAUCCGAAUUGAAGAAGAACCUAUCUAGAGUAUACAACAGACAGCGUCAGGCAAAGAUUACAGGAGAAAUAUUGGAGAUUGUUGCUGGAGCAGAUGCUUUGGCUUAAGCAUACGAAGAUUCCCCUGCAAUUGUGCUUCUCUGUAGGUACAAUAAUGAAGUCCAGACAAUUUUUAUUUUCUGCUUCUCAACCUGGUACAAACUUUGUGCACAAGAAGAGAACCACAUUAUAUUUUGUACACAAGGCCGGACCAAACCUAUAUUUGUAUUUCAAUUUUUUCUGAUAUAUUUGUAAAACAUGAAUUAUUGAAAGCCUGAAAUUUUCACUUCCCCAAA